AUCUUGCCAGAAGCCAGGCAGAAUGGACCUCACUCUUCUGUGGGUGCUUCUGCCACUAGUUACUGUGGCUUGGGGCCAGUAUGGCGACUACGGGUACCCCUACCAGCAGUACCACGAUUACAGCGAUGAUGGAUGGGUGAAUCUGAAUCGGCAGGGCUUCAGCUACCAGUGUCCCCAUGGGCAGGUAGUGGUGGCCGUGAGGAGCAUUUUCAGCAAGAAGGAAGGUUCUGACAGACAGUGGAACUAUGCCUGCAUGCCCACGACCCAGAGCCUUGGGGAGCCUUCCGAGUGCUGGUGGGAAGAGAUCAACAGGGCUGGAAUGGAAUGGUACCAGACAUGCUCCAAUAAUGGACUGGUGGCAGGGUUCCAGAGCCGAUACUUUGAGUCAGUGCUGGAUCGGGAGUGGCAAUUUUACUGCUGUCGCUACAGCAAGAGAUGCCCGUAUUCCUGCUGGCUGACUACAGAGUAUCCAGGCCACUAUGGGGAGGAGAUGGACAUGGUUUCCUACAAUUAUGAUUAUUAUAUCCGGGGAGCAACAACCACUUUCUCUGCAGUGGAAAGGGAUCGCCAGUGGAAGUUCAUAAUGUGCCGGAUGACUGACUAUGACUGUGAAUUUGCAAACGUUUAGGUUUGCCACGUAUCAAACCUGGGUGAAGAAAAAGUGAGCAGGGGACCUAAGGGUGUCUAUAUAUAUUAACAUCAGUUGGAAUACCUAUAGCUGUUCUGCUGCUCUCUUUUCCUCUCCCUGAGCUGGUACCUGCAAUGCCAGCUUCCUGGGCCUUUCUGACUAGUAUCUCACUUAUAAUAAAAUCCACAGUUAAACCAUGUUUCUCACUUUCAACACGUUCCAUAGCAACCAUUGUAUAUGACUGACAAUGGCUUCCUUGCACAUCAAAUAUCCAGUGUGAAUGCCCACAGGUGGAGAAAAGCCUGGCUCCAGGGAGCACCUGCCAGCCUCCCUACUGCCUUUACUGCAAAAUGAGCUGCAAGU